UCCCCCGACGCCGGGGCGUAAGCGCGGGCCGCGGGCGACGCUGCGAGACCGGGGCGAGCCGGGCGCCCGCGCGGCGGGGACGGCCCGCGCCAACAUGCGGAGGCCGACGGCGGCGGAAGCGGCGGCGGCGGCGGUGCGGGAGCGGGGGCCCGAGCGGGCGCUGGAGCCGGAGUCGCGGCGCGAGCGGGGCCCGGAGCGGGGGCCCGCGCCGCGCUGCUGAGGGAGCCCGGGCCGCCUGCUGCCCGGCCGGCCACGGCCACGGCCACGGCCACGGCGGAGGCCCCGAGCCGGGAGCCACAAGAUUUGAGGCGGCGGGACCAGUCAGCAGAAUGUGCCCUCCCCCUGCAUGCGACCCCGAGGCCACCGAGAUGAGCGCCACGGCCGGGCCCUGGCAAGCGGCCACGUCUCACUAGCGGGGAGCCCGCCGGGCCACCAUGGUGUACUAGCCCCGAAGCGCCGCCCGCAACCUCAGGUCUGCACAGACCCGGGACUUGCUCGGCAGCAGAGUCACCGUGGAGAGGCCAGGGUACCACAAACUUAUGGAUUUUGACAAGAAAGGAGGGAAAGGGGAGUCGGAGGAGGGUCGGAGAAUGUCCAAGGCCGGCGGCCGGACCAGCCACGGCGUCCGGAGCUCGGGGACCAGCUCGGGGGUCCUGAUGGUGGGCCCCAACUUCCGGGUCGGGAAGAAGAUAGGCUGUGGCAACUUCGGGGAGCUCCGGCUAGGGAAGAAUCUCUAUACAAAUGAAUACGUAGCUAUUAAACUGGAGCCCAUCAAGUCCCGGGCCCCUCAGCUGCACCUGGAGUACCGCUUCUACAAGCAGCUCAGCGCCACAGAGGGCGUCCCUCAGGUCUACUACUUCGGCCCGUGCGGGAAGUACAACGCCAUGGUGCUGGAGCUGCUGGGGCCUAGCCUCGAGGACCUGUUUGACCUGUGUGACCGCACAUUCACGCUCAAGACGGUGCUCAUGAUCGCCAUCCAGCUGAUCACACGCAUGGAGUACGUCCACACCAAGAGCCUCAUCUACCGCGACGUGAAGCCCGAGAACUUCCUGGUGGGGCGCCCGGGCACCAAGCGGCAGCACGCCAUCCACAUCAUCGACUUCGGCCUGGCCAAGGAGUACAUCGACCCCGAGACCAAGAAGCACAUCCCCUACCGCGAGCACAAGAGCCUGACGGGCACGGCGCGCUACAUGAGCAUCAACACGCACCUGGGCAAGGAGCAGAGCCGCCGCGACGACCUGGAGGCGCUGGGCCACAUGUUCAUGUAUUUCCUGCGUGGCAGCCUGCCCUGGCAGGGCCUCAAGGCUGACACGCUCAAGGAGCGCUACCAGAAGAUCGGGGACACCAAGCGGGCCACACCCAUCGAGGUGCUCUGCGAGAGCUUCCCAGAGGAGAUGGCCACAUACCUGCGCUACGUGCGGCGCCUAGACUUCUUCGAGAAGCCUGACUACGACUAUCUGCGCAAGCUCUUCACAGAUCUCUUCGACCGCAGCGGCUUCGUGUUCGACUAUGAGUACGACUGGGCGGGGAAGCCCCUGCCGACACCCAUCGGCACGGUCCACACCGACCUGCCCUCGCAGCCUCAGCCUCGGGACAAAGCCCAGCUACACAGCAAAAACCAGGCUCUGAACUCCACUAAUGGGGAGCUGAACACGGACGACCCCACUGCCGGUCAUUCCAACGCCCCCAUCACGGCACCCGCGGAGGUGGAGGUGGUCGAUGACACCAACUGUCCACCCAUCCAGGUGCUGCUGUUUCUUCAAGAGGAGAAAGAGAAAAUCGGUGCAGCGACACAAGUGACCCUGGGCAGUGGUGCCCUGAAUCCUCCCGCCGUGGCCCCUGGGACCAGCUCGUCCUGGCUGUGUGGCCCACAGCCCGGACGCAGACUGUGGGGCCGGCCACAGCCGGCCGCCCCCCACCCCACGUGGGGUCACUUCUUUCACACGAGACUUUGGCCAAAAUUUCUACACCUGCGUCUCGUCCUCCCCUCCGAGAGCAUUAACUAUUUGAAACAAGGAAAAGAGAGACAGCGGCCGCCCCGCGCCCUCCCGCCGCCGGAGUGAGUAGUCGGCCGCCCGCCCUGUUAGUCUCAUAAAGUCCGGCUUGUCUCCCUCGAUCCAAAGGCCGUUUUCUCGAGGGGGCGCUGUGGGCGUUGCUGCCAGGGCCUCCCUGCACCGCAGGGGAAGGCAGGGCGGGGGCGGCCCCCCAACCAAAAUGCUGCACCAAAGCCUGGGCCGGCGGGCACAGCCCCGCGGCGUUUCCUGCUGCGCCUGCUCUCAGAGCCGCGUCUGGGGCCUGGAGCCCGGGGGCGGCCCCCUGCUUGGCGCUCGGACCGCGGCCUGUGCCCGGGUGUGCAAGGGCCCCUUGCGUCCUCGCGUCUGCGCUCCGUGCCGCCGGCCGAGCAGCGGGAGACAAGCGCCUUAAAGCCCCGGCCCAGCCGUGUGGGUGCGUUCAGGGCCGGGCAGCCCCCAGCGGUGGUGCGGUUCUCGUGGGUCCCUGGGGGGGGGGUGGGCAGAGAGCAGCGGGGACGGCCUGGCGGCGGCGUGUGGGUCUAGGUCUUGCUUUACACGGUGUACAGAAACGGCGCUUCGGUUUCUCUGAUGCUUCCUGGAAGCCAUAGAAUUUAGGGGCUUUUUUAAAAAAAUAAAGGAAAAUGAAAGCA